AUGGAUUCAAGCUUUGAAACUGAUUCAGAACUAGAUUCGGACACUCCCCUCUCAAAGAGACCCUGCAUAGAAACCUUGGAGUCUAGCUAUAGCUAUGAUACAAGCGAUGACGAUGUGGCCUUUUGCUCGUCAGAUACCGACACUGAAUCAGACGAUGAUAUGGUUUUCAUAUCUGACAAAGAAGACAAUGAAAUAAUACCCACUGCCGGUAGUAUUAAUGAAGAACAAAUUGAGCUGAAAGAAAUUGGAAUGCUACUUACUAGUAACUGUUGCAUGGACCUGUGUGCGAGACAGCUUUGCGUGAAUGAUGUGCUUUUGUCCCGUAAAAAAUUUGUUUUAAUGGGGACAGUCGUUCAGAGGCAGUGGUUAACAGACAAACUGAUCGACAAUAGCCACACUUCUUCUACUGGGGAGCUCAACACUACAUAUCUCAUUGCUGGGAAAAAUGUGUGCAAAAAUACUUUUUGUGAAGUAAAUGGAAUCUCCAAGAGCAGGCUCCAACGCAUAAGAAAAGCUGUUUCCUCUGGUCAUUUCAAUGCGAACGAGCAUGGUAACCAGGGAAAAAGACGUCCCACGUCAAGAGUGCAAGAGGCACGAGUUUGGAUGGAGAGGCACUUCCACCUCAUAGGCGACAAACAGCCAGACAAGAACAAAAUCCAUCUUCCCAGCUGGGAGAAGAAAGAGGAUGUGUAUGGAAGGUACAAAGGAGAUAUGUUGAGGGCUGAAAUCUCUGAGGCUUCACUUGUGGGGUUAAGUACCUUCUACAGGAUUUGGAACGAAGAUUUUCCGAAUGUCGCCAUUCCUGAGGAAAACAGAUUUUCCAAGUGUGAUACGUGUGUCAAAUUGAAACUGGAAAAGAGAGAGUGCCUGGACAAAGAUAAGCAACUUCUGCUUGACCAAGAGUUAAAAAAACAUCUGGCUAAAGUCGAGAUAGAACGUCGAAAAUACCAGCACCACAGGGAAAAAUCAAGAUCGGAACCAACAAAAUUUCUGACAUUGAUCAUUGAUGGCAUGGACCAGGCAAAGACAAACCUUCCACAGACCAGCCUAAUUGCAAAAUCACAGUCCAGUCUAUGGAAAUUAAGGACGCACGUUACUGGUGUGCUUGCCCACACGAAAAGUCCUCAUGGGAAAAUCGCUUACACAUAUAUUGAUCUACUUCAAUAUCCACAUGGCAGCAAUUUGACCAUUACAAUCAUUUUGAAGGUUCUACUGAGCUUUGCUCGUACCAAGAAGAUGUUGCCUCAGAACCUAUUUCUCCAAAUGGACAACACAGCCCGAGAAAACAAGAAUAAGUAUGUUCUUGCCUUCUGCUCUAUGCUUGUGGAGCUCAACAUCUUCAAAAAGGUUCAGAUAAAUUUCUUACCCGUCGGGCACACGCACGAGGACGUGGACCAACUAUUUUCAAGAAUAGGUGACAAGAUACGGAGGGGAGGUUGUGAGUCAAUCCCAGGGCUUCUGGCAGCCAUCAGUGCAAGUUACACACCUAAUCCAACAUCAGAAAUGAUUGAUGGAGUUUGGGAUUUCAAGGCGUAUUUAGAGCCAUAUCUAAAUGGGGUUGAAGGGCACUCAAAGUAUGGAGUUUUUAGGUUCACGAAAGACAGUCUUGGACAUGCAGAGAUGCAUUACAAGAAAUGGUCAACUGAUCCAUGGGAACCCAACAAAGAGGUGGAAAAUCAGGUCCUGAUUGAACCGGGCUUGAAAAUUAUCAAGGAAAUAUCUGAUUGUUUGGAGAAGCCUACUUUAAUGACACCCGAUUUAGGGAAACUCGACCUUCCUCGAUUUGUUGGUGAUCUGAAGAAGUAUCGACAGUGGUUGUGUUCUAGUGCGUGGAGUCAUUGGGAAGAGUUUAUCGAAACCAUUGACGAAUUGUCCAGUGUUCCUUUUAUCACGUGGGACAUACACCAGCUGAUCUCAACAUCAAUUAUUUCUGCUCACAAGGUGACUACCAACCCGGAGCUAGGUCAAGACCUGACAAAGCUCCUUGAUAAGGAUAAAACUCCUUCCAAAAAGAUUAAAAUCCGGAAGACCAGAGCCCCACAAGCAAAGUCUGCAGCAGAUGGGACCAGAGCCCCACAAGCAAAGUCUGCAGCAGAUGGUGAACCCACGAGAGUACAAUCGAGCCAAUGUACCAGUCCAGCUGAAACAGAUAUUGAAACCUUGGGUGCAGCAGAACCCCCUGAAGUAGUCCAGCCUCAAGUAGGUGCAUUUGUAGCAGUGUAUUUGGAUAAAUACUCAAUGGAGAAGUUUCCACUGAUCGGAAAGGUAACUGCUAUUAACCCGAAUGGAAACCACCUUCAGCUUGACUGGUAUGUUGGCUCGUACUCUGGAGUAUGGCGGGUAUGCAAGCAAAGGAAGGUUGUCUGGAGUGAGGAGGUGAAGGUUGACUGUAUCUUAACCACCGUAGCAUUCACGGAUGCGAUGAGAUUGUCACGGUCGAUGGUUCAAAAUCUCAAGACUCGAUACGAAAAAUACCUCUGA